AUGGCGCUCGCGGCGAUGUCGGCCACGCGAUGCGCGCCCGCGCCCGCGGUCGUCGCGCGCCGGGUCACCACGCCGCGCGCGACGCGCGCGGCCGCCGUCCCCCCCGCGCGCGUGCGAUGCGUGCGCGUGAGCGCCGCCAUGUCCGCGGCGAAACCCAAGGGCGCGCGCGCGAAGCGGUUCCGCGACGGCAGACCGCGACCGGCGCGAUCGUCCUCCUCGGAGACGUCCUCCUCGACCGUGGCCGUGGACGACGCCGCGGCGGCGACGAAGCCGAAGACCGCGGCCGCGACGCACGUGUGCGAGGAGUGCGGGUAUAUCUACGCGCUCGAGACGCCGUUCGACGCGCUCGGCGCGGACUUCGAGUGCCCGCAGUGCCGCGCGCCGAAAGAUCGCUUCUCCGAGUACGUCCCGCCGAAGCCAGACGCGGCGGCGGCGGCGGCGGCGGCGAAGACGAACGCGAGCGACGGCAUGAGCGCUCGCGAGAUCGGCACGGUGACCGCGUUCGUCGCCCUCCUCGGCGCGGCGGUCGCGUCCGCGGGCGGCCCCGCGGGCGCGGCGAGGGAGGUGGCGCGCGCGGGGGAGCUCCUCGUCGCGAAUCACCUCCCCGGCGUCGGCGGCGUCGUCGAGGACUCGUUCCUCGGGUUGCUCGCGGCGUGCACGGUGUACUCGCUGUGGCGCAGCAGCUUGAUCCCCGCGCCCGUGGGGAACCCGAUAGCGCGGAAGAGCCGCACGCGGGCGUCGUGGCUGCACGUCGUCUCCGGCGGCGGCGCGCUCGUGACGGGUUUGUACGGCGUCGCGUUGGAGCGCGUGUACCGAGAGAGUCCGGGGUGGACGUGGAUGUGGGUGAGCAGCGCGCUGUUUCUCACGAACGCGCUGACGUACUCGCCGUUGAUGCAAAUCUUCAAAGCGUCGAAAGAAGGGAAGUACGCGAUGAAGCUCGGGUACUCGUUCGUCGCGUCGUUUCAGGGCGUCGUUUUCAUCGCGUGGAGCGCACAGCCGGACGCGCCGCCCUGGAUGUACUGGAGUGUGAUGCCUUUUUGGUAUUUCUCCAUCGCGAAGCUGUGGGAGAGCACGGAGUUUGUCCUCGCGCUGACGCCGGAGUCGGCGUCCGGCGAUUCAUUCCAGGACAUGAUAAGCGCCGGGUCGAAGCGCAGGUUAGGGAAGAUGACCCCGGACGCGGCGACGUUGACGUACGUGUCUCUGAACGCGUUCGCGGCGAUUUUCGAUAACUGUUACAUGGCGCUGUACACCGCGCUCGGGCCGGAGGCGUUCUGGCACACGUCGCGGGUGUUUAACGACUCGGACUUCCACUUGCGGUUGGUGAAAGGCACGACCGGGUCGCUGACCGUCGCGCUGUUGAUAUUCAUAAGCACGUUAGGGUGGAGGAAGCAGAUGUCCAUGGACCUCGCGAUUUGGUUAAACGUGAUCCUCGGCAGCGUCGGGCCGUGGAUCGUCCUGUUCUGGCACAAGCUCGAGGACCCCACCGAGGAUUGGUUCCCGCAGUUCGUGUUCGAUCCGGGGUACGAUUAUCACCCGCUGUGGCAGACCGCGAGCGCGGUGGGGGAUUCCGUGAGCGGAUUGAUAGGUAGUUGACGCGUCGAGCGUGAGAUCGAACACAUAAGUAGAUC